GAAUAUUUUCAUUCAUCCAGAUAAAGUUUGUUUUGUCAUAUAAUAAAUGACAUGCCAUCAACGACUCUUCCUGGCCACUAGGUGGCGAAAGUUAAUCAUGAACCAACCGGAAGUUGCAUUUUCCGAUGUUCGUUUUCAGUUUCGUGUUUUCAUUUUUGAGUGUGUGUGAAAAGCGUUAUGGUGGACCUGAGUGAUGGCUUAGAGGACGUUCCUGUUUUGUGCAAAGAUCUAAAACCCCCCACAUUCAAGUAUUGUCCAGAUAAUGUUCAGGGACCAGGCUGUGCGGUUGACCCCUCUGAGGUCACCCUUCCUGGCUGCUCCUGCCUUUCCCGCUCCUGUUGUCCUGAGAGCUGCUCCUGCCUGCAGACCGGUGGUCCGGCGUACCUCAGCGCCAGCGCUCUGCUGGACCUCAGCAGAACUGACUCGGAUUAUUCCUCACCUGUGUUUGAGUGCAAUGCCCUUUGCGGCUGCAGUGACGCCUGCUCUAAUCGGGUGGUGCAGAAGGGGCUGCAGCUCCACUUGGAGAUUUUCCGCACCAGCAGCCGGGGCUGGGGAGUUCGGACGCUGCAGCAAAUACCCAGAGGGGUGUUUGUGUGCGAGUAUGCAGGGGAGGUGGUCAGCUUUGCAGAGGCCAGGCGGCGGCAGCUCAGCCAGAGCGCCGAGGAGAAUAAUUACAUCAUCUCGGUUAUGGAGCACGCGGGGUCGGGCUCCGUUACAAAAACAUUCGUGGACCCGACCCAGGUGGGAAACGUAGGCCGCUUCCUUAACCACUCCUGCCAGCCCAAUCUGGUUAUGGUGCCUGUGCGCGUGCACUCAGUGGUUCCCAGGCUGGCGCUUUUUACUGCACGCGACAUCAGAACUGAGGAGGAGCUUACGUUUGACUACUCAGGAGGAUGCGGGGAGCAGCAACCUGCAGAGACGAUGACCACGGCCGAGGUCAGCCGGCCAAAUGGACCGCAGAGGAAACCGUGCCACUGUGGUGCCAACAACUGCACCGGCUUCCUGCCUCUGGAUUUAUCCAUUCUCAGCUAAAACUUAUGCUAAAAUGAUCACACACAGAAUUUCUAAUUAUUAAGUUAUGGGUAACAUUUUCUGCUGCUGAUGCAGUCAAACAUUUAUGAUUUUUUUAAUAUUUAGAACUAAUAAAAUAACACGACCUCCUA